AUGGCGUCAACCGGCUCUGCCCCCAAUGGCGGGACUCACGACCACGUCUUGCGGCCGAGGCCGAGGAAACCGCAGCACUCGCAGCUGAUAAGGACCCAAAGUAACACCUCGGUCGGCGAGAUCAACGGCUUGACGCCUCUAUCAGAGCCUGGCCAGACGAGCGGCAACACCAGCGGCCGCUCGACGCCUGUCCCCCACGAUGCCCUCCCCUCCGUCAAGAGUAUGUCCUCGGCGCGCAAGCAGGCCCGUGCCGAGCAGCGCCGCCGCAUCUUCCCCACGAUCGAGUUCGCCAGCCGUGUCUCCCAUUUCGACCCCAACUCCGACUACCGCGACUUCCACGGCUUCUUCAACCUCUUCUGGAUCGGCCUCGCCAUUAUGGCCAUCACCACCAUGCUGCGCAACAUCAAGGACACGGGCUACCCAAUGCGCGUCCAGAUCUGGACCCUCUUCACCGUCAAGAUCUGGCAUCUGGCCAUCGCCGACUUCCUCAUGGUCGCCACUACGCUUGUCUCUCUGCCCCUCCACCGCCUGUGGCGCAGAGCCCCCGCCAACGGCGCCUUCACCUGGAAGAACGGCGGCAUGGCCGUCCAGAGCGUCUAUCAGGUCCUCUGGCUCGCCUUCUGGAUCGCCAUUCCCUUCGUGCUCGACUGGACCUGGACUGCCCAGGUCUUCCUGCUCCUGCAUACCAUGGUGCUCCUCAUGAAGACCCACAGCUGGGCCUUUUACAACGGCCAUCUCAGCGAGACGGAGAAGCGCCUGCGCGCCCUCGACAACCCCUCGACCGCCUCCAAGGACCCCGUCUACCUCUACCCCACCCCCGACAACCCCAUGGGCACCGUCAGCAGCCCCAAGACGCGCGACUUCAGCGGUAAGGCCGCCUCGGCGGCCAGCAGCUCUGACGAGGACUCCGUUACCGCCGACGAGAUCGAGCAGCUCCGCGAGGACCUCGCGCAAGAGCUCACCUCCCCCAUGGGCAACAUCGCCUACCCUCGCAACCUGACGUGGGCCAACUACUUCGACUACCUUCUCUGCCCCACGCUCUGCUACGAGCUCGAGUACCCCCGAACCGCCCGUAUCGACUGGCAGAACCUCAUUUCCAAGAUCAUCGCCGUCUUCGGCUGCAUCUCCCUCCUCACCGUCAUCUCGGAGGAGUUCAUCCUGCCCAUCCUCACCGACGCCUCCCUCCGCCUCAACUCUACGCCCCCGCCCCCCAUCUCCGAGUCCCUCCUCAUCCUCGCCGAGAGCAUCUCUUGGCUCCUCUUCCCCUUCAUGCUGACCUUCCUCCUCGUCUUCCUCGUCAUCUUCGAAUACGCCCUUGGCGCCUUCGCCGAGAUCACUCACUUCGCCGACCGCCAUUUCUAUUCGGACUGGUGGAACUCGACCGACUGGAUGGAGUUCUCGCGCGAGUGGAACAUACCCGUCUACAGCUUCCUGCGCCGCCACGUCUACAGCGCCAGCCGCCCCUACAUCGGCCGUAUCCCCGCCACCGUCAUCACCUUCCUCAUCUCCGCCGUCGGCCACGAGAUCGUCAUGGCCUGCAUCACCAAGAAGCUCCGCGGCUACGGCUUCAUCUGCCAGAUGCUGCAGCUGCCCAUCGUCGUCCUGCAGCGCACCAAGCUCGUCCGCGGUAAGAAGACGCUGAACAAUGUGUGCUUCUGGUGCUCCAUGGUCAUGGGGUUGAGUAUGAUUUGCGCUCUUUAUGUCUUGGUCUAG